CCUCCGAGCCAGUCGCCCUUCUUCCGUGACCUCGCCUCCCCCGUCCCGUCCCACCGCGGCAGCCCCCACUUCGCCUCUCCCGCGGCCGCCCUGCCCUCCGCACGCCGCCGUCGUCGCGGCGUCACCCCCACCCGCCCGGCAAUGUCGACGCCGCGGGCCGCCAUGCUUCCGCUCGCCAUAAUGUCCGUGGCGAGUUCGCUUGUCGUGCAUCCCGCGACGCGCCAGCGUACGGCGGGAGAACCAGGGCAAAGCUGGGGAGAACCAUCCAUCUCGGGUUCGCAGUCCCGGAGGAAUAAGCUCAGCAACUCCAUCUGCGUGAAAGCAGUAAGAUGUGCCCACCCGUCUUCUUUUCUCGCCGUUACGGAUUAUACCUGGUUAAAUUAUUUGCAACUUAUUAGGUGUAAUUUGUAAGAGUACUCAGAAAGCAAUCAGCAGGUUUCUGGCACAAAAAUGACAAAAAAUCAAAUACUCCAGGCUAUCUGCUUGCUCUUAAGUAUCUCCAAAUAUCUUUUCGCCUGACUCAUUCUUUGGAAGGUUCCUGUACUUCUUAUCAUGCUUAUGCACAUCAGUCUUUGCUGCCGCUGUUCUGAUAGGUUGCCUAUGGAUGCCGGAAACAUUACACAAGCAUAAAGCCAGUGAAGAUGGCAAACAAAGUGUUGAAGCUGUGGAGGCCCAUCUGAUUGAUCCGCAAGAAAAGGUCGAAGGAAGUACCAGUGUAGAUACCAAGAAGAGCUUAUUCAAGAAUUGGCCAUUGAUGUCUUCCAUAAUUGUUUAUUGCAUCUUCUCCUAUCAUGACAUGGCCUAUACAGAGGAGGAUGCCCGAGCUGACCAGGAGGACACCCUUCUGCACCUCGGCCACCACACAAGGUUAACACUUGGAGACUCUCGAGCUAUGAGCAGCGAGCUGUUGCUGCCGCCGCCGGAUGCUCCAGCGGCGAAACCUCCGUCGAUUCCCUCCACGGCCACUACCACUACCCUAGCUACCGCCGCCGACGGAACCACCACCAUAUCCUUGCUCGGCCAAGACCAGCUCCUUGAGAUCUUCCUCCGCCUGCCGAGCCUGCCGGCCCUCGUCCGCUCCACGCUCACUUGCCGCUCGUGGCUUGGCGCCGUCCGCUCCUCUCGCUCCUUCUGCAACCUCUUCCACGCCCUCCACCUAGCGCCCCUCAUCGCGAUCUUCCUCGAUGUCGACGAAGGCAAUGUCCGCUUGUUCGCCCCCUUCAGCCGCUCAGAUCCCAACGUCAAUAAGGACAUUACAUUGGGAGAUUAACGCAAUUUUUACUUUUCAUUUUUCUUAUUAUUGGAGUGAGGAUGUUAGAAUGAGGAACUGUAUGAUUGUAGAUAUGGCAACAGUGUAAUAGUAUAAUCAGGAAUAACGACAUUUCCAUCACUAUUGUGUUUUCUUGAAUUGUAUGCAUGAAAUGGAAUUUGUCAUUUUUUUUUAA